UCCAAAAUAAAUCUCUGUCAAACCGAGGCUAGUUUCUGACGGUCACGAAGGGGCAAGGUCGCUCCAUUUAAGCCAUGUUUCGCUCGGUCUCUCUGGUCCGCGAGGUCGCCAAACGAUGCACACAUAGGAGAGCUUUCACCAAUUUAUCGAGAUGCAGUGGCAACUUAAAAACAUCUAUAGAUAGUUGCAAAAUAUGCCAGUGCAGUGGUGUUCAGAAACCAGGGGUAGCCACCAACACAUGGGGUCUGCAGUACAGAUUUUACUCUUCAGCCCUGCCCAACCACAUCAAGGUCACACUGCCGUCUCUUUCCCCUACCAUGGAGAUGGGAACAAUCAUCAACUGGCAGAAGAAUGAGGGAGACAAGGUAUCAGAAGGUGACCUGCUUGCUGAGAUAGAGACAGACAAGGCCACCAUGGGGUUUGAAGCAUCAGAGGCAGGGUACCUGGCCAAGAUCUUCCUGCCAGAGGGCAGCAAGGAUGUGCCUAUAGGCAAGCUGCUGUGUAUUAUCGUGGAGAAAGAGGCGGAUGUGGCAGCCUUCAAAAACUACGUUGCUUCUCCAGCCGACGACUCUCCAGUGCGUGGGAUACCAGGCACGAAGGCCGAGCCCCCUGCCACUCCCCUUCCACCCCCGGCACCAGUCGCAGCAGCCCCUCCUCCUCGACCUGUGACCCCAGUUACAGUGAUGGACCCUCCCCCUCCCCAGCCGGCCCCUGUGGUCCGCCCUGAGGGUAGAGUUGUGGCCACACCCUACGCCAGAACCCUGGCCGCCGAGCAAGGCGUUGACCUCAAUCUGGUGACAGGUACAGGACCAGAUGGGCAGAUUCGUGCUGAAGACGUGUUGGCGUUCAAACCAGCAGCAGCAACAACAACAACAGCAGCAGCUCCCACUACACCCGCACCAGCAAUGGUUGCAGCUCCAGGUGCAUUUGUGGACAUUCCUCUCAGCAAUAUGAGGAAGACAAUAGCCAAGAGACUUACCGAGUCCAAGCAGACGAUACCUCACUAUUACCUUACGAUAGAUGUGAAACUAGACAGAACAUUAGCAUUAAGGAAAGAGUUGAAUGCUCUGUUGGAGGGAGAGAAGAAGAAGCUGUCAGUGAAUGAUUUCAUCAUCAAGGCAUCUGCCCUGGCGUGUAGACAGGUGCCUGAAGCAAACAGCUCAUGGCAGGGGACCUUUGUAAGACAGUACAAUACAGUAGAUGUCAAUGUUGCUGUAGCUACAGAUGCCGGACUCAUAACUCCAAUAGUUGCACGCGCUGACUUAAAGGGCCUUACUCAGAUCAGUGAAGACGUAGGAAACCUAGCUGCCAAGGCAAAGGCUGGUAAAUUGCAGCCACAUGAGUUUCAGGGUGGAACUUUCACAAUCUCCAAUCUGGGCAUGUUUGGCAUCAAGAGUUUCUCCGCAGUUAUCAACCCGCCCCAGGCAUGCAUCCUGGCAGUAGGAGGGGCCGAGAAACGCCUUGUGGUGGAUGAACACUCUAACACAGGGUACUCCCAGGCCACAGUAAUGAGUGUGACCCUGAGUUGUGACCACAGGGUGGUGGACGGCGCAGUGGGAGCGCGCUGGCUGGCUGAGUUCCGAAAAUACCUGGAAAACCCUUCCACCAUGCUCUUGUGAGGAACACAAUCUCAACUAUAACCAUGGAAAUAGUAGUAUUUAAGAUGAAAGACUGCAGUCAUAAUUGGAAAGAAUGGCUUUGUUGUAUAAGAAUGGUUUAUUGGCUUUCAAUGAUAGAAUUUCAAUGAUGUCUUGAAAUUUGCUAAGGGUUUAACUAUUUUGUCUUAUGACAAACUAAUACAUAUAAGUAUGCUUAUAAGUAUAUGUACGAGCGUAUGUUACUUUUGGAGACAAUACUCUUUAAAAAAAAAUAUAUUGUACUUUUUUGAGUGACAAUGUUUUAGUGAUAUUUGUUAGAUUAUAUAACAUAUUAAAUUUAAAAAAAAAUCAAUUGUGUCUGCUAUAUAUUUUCUCCUAAAUUAUCAGCCUUAGAAUUUUUGUUUCUCCUCAACGUUAACAUUUCUGACAAAAGCACAGUAGGUAAUAGAGGAUAUUUGUGCAUGUCAGUGUAAGAUCGUUUGUUAUUUCAAGAGUGAUCAUAGAAAGCCACUCGUGAAGAUAUUAUUUUUCUAUGAUCACGAAAAUAUUAAAAAAACGUUGAUCGUUUUGAUACGGCAGGCAUUACAGUGCAAAAGGAUGUACUCAAGGAAUAUUUUAUUAGCAACAAUUAAAUGUAUGUAUCAUUAUUAUAGUGUUUCUGUUACUUAUGAUUGAUCUUGUGUGUCUUACAAGCAUGAAAGUGCUAGAUGGGUGUUUUCUGGUAUAAUGUUAUGUUUUAGGAAUGCUAUUUAAUGAUUACACCUUUGAAUAAACGGAAAGGGGCUUGUU